AGAGAAAAGAUUGGUUGGGGGUAAGUUGCAUAGAUAGUCCAUUUUAGGGUGUUUUUUGUAAUUUUCCAUUUAUUAUAUCAGUUAGGUUUUGUAUCAGUCUAAUAGUAAGAAGCUUUUAAGGCUUAAAAGUUACAAAUUGUGGACUUGUGGUGAUGUACUUACUUUGUCUCUACAUAUGAUUGUGGUUCAUGAUUAAUUUUUAAUAUUAUAUGAGGAUUUUUUUUGUCUUCUUUACAAAUUUAAGUUAUUGUAUUCUUAAUGAGUAUUUCUUUAUUGCUUGAGAAGUUAUAUUUGUUUCUAAUAAUUAUUUAUUUAUUUUUAAGAUUUUCCUUUUUUCCAUAUUUUCUCUAUUUUCCCCAAUUUUUCGUAUUUUACUAGUUUUAUCAACUAUUUAAUUUCUUAUACUGGACCAACCGGUAAACCGGUCCAGUUCAGCCGGCCCAACUGAACCUGUGCCUUCACUGGUUCGGUCACUGGUUUGAUCCUGAGAACAUUGAUAAUGACAAUUUUAUAGUAGAUGUAAGAACCAGUAUUUUCAACACUUAAUUUUUCUUUCCCUUUCCUUCAUCUAUAUUAUUCCUUUCUUCUUCUUAGAGUGCAUUGUAUAUUAUAUUAUGAUAAAUGUUAAGAACCAAUAUUUUCAGGCUGUGCUGACAAAGGCCACAUUUCUAAUGUACUCUAGGGAUUCUCUGUGGCUCUUGUUGUUUACACAGAUCUAUCAAUUAUACUUCUUUCACCCCAGUGGUUUAUUGCCCAACCUGCCAAAAUGGUUGAACCAUUGAUUGCCACAUAAACAACUGGUUGCAUUGAACUCUUUUUAUAGCUAGGUUAUCGGUGUUUUGAGCCCCUUGCCUUUAAAUAAAUGACUAAAUGAUACGUAGUCAUUAAAAUGCUGAAGAUCACAAUAAACAAAAGCAGUCUCCCUUACAUGAAACUAGAAAAUGGUCACCAGAAACCAUCCGUGGGGAGACAUUGACAGUGGCUCCCAUAUAGUAGUCUCCUCAUUUGCUUCACUAGCUAGUAGUAAAUCUGCCGCCUGAAUCCUGAUUAAUUGCCUGAAAAUGUGAGAGAAUAACUGGUUGAAGCGCAUUACACUCUUCCAUUAUUGGACCAUCCUUCUAAGCUCCAAGCCAGGUGCUUGCGUUUUAUGAAGCCAAAUGGUAACUGUGAGGAGCUAGAUUCAAUCCAUUAAUGAGAAAAGCAUAUUCUUUUAGCUAAUAGGUGCCUAACUGGUAUUGCUUGCAAUUCCCAUAAUUGUAUGAACCCUCCAUGGAUUCCCAAAGGCUGUAAACAUGUAACCUUUUUUUUUUUUCCCUGAAAUAAGAAUGUCUGAAUGAUAUCCAGCACUUUGUCUUUCCAUUUACAAAUGUUUCGUCCGUGAUCAAGUUGGAUUCAUAUCACCUCUGUUUAUUCUUCAUCUUACAUACUAAAGGCCAAUGUUUUAAAGACUGACAUUCCUAAACUUUUCUCGAGGGAAAGAAGUUAAAUACCAUUAUGCAGAUAACUUAUGUUUCGGGGUUGUAGGGUUUUGGCUUUAUGGGUGAGUGUUAUUAAUUUUAAUCUUUUUGAUCCAUGUCCUAAGUUGAAUAUGGCUUCCAAAUGGUCAUGUAUAUUCAUGAUUUGAUUAAAAAAUAUAUUUAAUCAAUGAUGUCUAACCAGUUGGUUUAUUUCCUAGGGUUGCUUGGUAGUUUCUUCCUGUAAUCUGUAAAUUUGACCAUCAAUAAAAUAUUUGAUCAGUCCAUCAUGACAUACACUUACAUGUAUACAUUCAAAACAAUCUUUUGAAUUGAAUGAGAAAUUCUGCAUAGACUUGAGCUCUGUGUAUGUGUACUAGCGCACACGUGGGUCUUCCUCUAAGAUAGAAAAGUGAUCCAUAGUAGGAAAAAGUGAUUGCAGUGUUUGAAUUUCUUUAACCAUUUGUUAAGACUGUAAAAGAAUGUUCUACAGUUUAACAUGGUACACUUCUUCAUUCUAGAUGUUAUAGAGCUAGAUAAAAAGUUAAGGAUAUUAUUAAGGUCUGUUCUUACUAAAAAACAGUUACAGAAGAUUUAUUUCAAAAUCUUGUGAAACUAGUGCAAGUGCAAGGAGUUGUAAAAGUUGUUAUCUUUGAUAUCAAAUUUUCCGUUUGAUACGUAAUAUAGCAGUAGUCGAUAUGACGUAUGGAUACUUAGUUGCAUUUAUUUUCUCCAAAAAAGGAAAACACUUGUAUGUUUAUCUAGUUGGUUUGCAAGAGUUAGCUAAGUGGCCUCAAGGGUUCUAAACUGCAAUAGUGAGAAGAGUGGAAAUGACACUGAAGUUUCUAAUUUGGCUUUUGGUCUAAACUGAAGCACAAAGGAAAUAUGAGGGCCUGGCUCCCCUCUAUGGAGGGAGGGAGGGAAGGAAUAAAAUCGUAGAAGAAGUUAAUAUCCCCAUAAUUGUUCUAUUUAUAUGGUUCUGUUAUUGUCUUCAAUGAAUUUUUUUUAUAGUAUUUGUAGCUCUUGUGGUUAGGCUAAAGCUCUCCCGAACUCUAUUAGCAUGUGUAUGAGUGCACGUGUGUGAUCUUUUUUGGAGAGGGGAAACACACAAAUGCACAUGCACAGGGACACAAAUGAAAUUCAUAUUUGAGUGUAUCCAUUUAUGUGCAGGCAAAGGUUCAAGGUAACUAAAUAGGAAGGCCAAUAUGGUGAAUGCCAUUAAGGGCCUCUUCAUCUCAUGUGAUGUUCCAAUGGCUCAAUUUAUUGUGAGUCUAAAUGCAUCAUUACCCGCUUCUCAGAAAUUUAUCAUUCACAUGUUGUACAACUCACACUUGUUUGUGCAAGCUCAUGCUGGUGAAAUGAUUCGGAAUAAAAUCUCAGAGUUUAGAGAUCUGAAUUCAUAUGAGAAGCCUGCAUGAUUCGGUUCCAGGGGUGUUUUUUUAUACGUGUUUUUGUUAUGUCCAUUGUAAUAUUAACUCAGAUGCUUGCCUAUUGCAGUUUGGUAAAGUUGAGUUGUGUGUGAAUUAGUGAAGAAUGAAUUACAGGGUCUUAUGAUCAUUUUUCUUUCUCGCAUGAGCUUUUACAAUUUUUUUUUUCAUUUCA